CGCAGGCGUUGUGGGUAGUAAGAGUGGGUGGUGGUGGGUGGUGUGGUAAGGCCCAGUGCGCAGCAAAAGUGCGCGUACGGUUACCGCGUUGAGUGAGUGAAAGUUCCAUCCGUCAGACCUGUCUGUCUGACUCUCACAGCUUGCUUUACUAAUACUAUAGCACCAUAGGGAUAAAUGUAUUGUCCAAAAAUAUGUAAGCAAGUUUCAACUUGUCUUUUUCCAAGAUAACAAUAGUAUUAUUUGAAAAUCUUUAAACAAGUUUCAACCUGCAUCUUGAAUAGAAUAAAGAGCUUGUCUAAAAAACCUUUAGACAGGCUUUAACCUGACUGUAGAUGAGAACAAAGACAUUCCUUAAAAACCCUUUUAGUGACGUCAUUUUAUGCGAGUUUGAAUACGUCUUCUAAAUGACUCUUCUUUUGAGGUAGUUGCGUGCGCAGUCGUUAAAGUGGGGGUAAAAGAGUGAGAGUUGAAGAAGAGUGGGAUUUAAAAGGUAUAAGGUAAGUUGGAAUCCACAUUCGACACUUCUGCUUCAGUUUUCAUCAUCAUUAGUAACUCCAACAUAAUCGACAGUAUCAACAACUUCAGCAUCUACAGCAACAUUAGCAGUGUCAGCGGCUUUAACAACUACAGCAUCAUCUAUUCCUAUAAUAGAUAUUAAAACAAUGGAGUUCCAAAAAGUCAACGCCAUUGGUCGUAUGGAGAGAUUUCUACCAACGAAGCCACUUUCUGAGUUGACUGUGAAUGAGUCAUACAAUGUAACUAAAAUAAACAAGGUGCAGACGAAAUAUGGUUCCAGGAUUGUAGUAGACCUGGAUGCUGCUUUUACAACUUUUCUUCCGGCAAGGUUCGCAAAACUAUUUGAAGCUGACCCUACCUCCUUCAUAAUGAUGGAAGAAGCCGUGCAAUCGGAGAAGUUGCGUUUAAAAUAUAUUGGUGGUAAAUUUAAUGUUAUUGAAUUUGAAUAAAAAUAAAUAUUAUAAGAUUAUACCG